UACAGAUAACAGAUUCCUAUAUUAUUGCUACAUAUAACUUGAAUUCUAUGACCUGUUUAAUGUUUAAAUUAAUUAUCAUCAUACUCUCGUUUUCUGUUCUUCGUGUUUGUUCACACCUUCCUCUGAGCAUCUCAUUUCAUUCUCCAGAAUGUCGUACGCAUACCUCUUCAAAUACAUAAUCAUCGGAGACACAGGAGUUGGCAAAUCAUGUCUUCUUUUACAGUUCACAGACAAGCGGUUCCAACCAGUGCAUGAUUUAACUAUUGGGGUUGAAUUUGGUGCUAGAAUGAUCACAAUUGAUAAUAAGUCAAUAAAGCUGCAAAUAUGGGACACGGCUGGUCAAGAAUCUUUCAGAUCAAUUACAAGGUCAUAUUACAGAGGGGCUGCAGGUGCUUUGCUAGUCUACGAUAUAACCAGGAGGGAAACUUUUAAUCAUUUGGCUAGCUGGCUUGAAGAUGCAAGGCAGCAUGCAAAUGCAAACAUGACAAUUAUGCUUAUUGGUAACAAGUGUGACCUUGCUCAUAGAAGGGCAGUGAGUACAGAAGAAGGUGAACAAUUUGCCAAGGAGAAUGGGUUGAUAUUCAUGGAAGCCUCUGCAAAAACUGCUCAGAAUGUUGAAGAGGCGUUCAUAAGCACAGCUGCUACAAUUUAUAAGAAGAUUCAGGAAGGGGUCUUUGAUGUUUCAAAUGAGUCUUAUGGAAUAAAAGUUGGAUAUGGAGGAAUCCCUGGCCCAUCAGGAGGCAGAGAUGGCUCUGCUUCUCAAGCAGGAGGCUGUUGCAGUUGAGAUUUGAAAACCCACUUACCAAGUCAGAUAGCUCUUACUUUUUCCAUUCUGAUAGUAUAUUCUCUGUUUGUUGAAUCUUAUUAGUUGUUUCGACUAUAGGAACCAAAUCAACGAAUUAAUCCAAUAUGGAAAUGUGAUAUAGUUGUAUAAUUCCCUUUGGUUUGUUCUUGUUAAUUGUUACUUGGCUUGUAAAUCUGGUAUUCCAUUUAGUGAUAUAGUGAAGCUUGUUCUUGUUAGUGAAGUUGUA